AUAAAUCCAGUCACAUGACCGGGGUCUAGUUGAUACAACAGGGGGACGCGCUCUGCCACCAGCGGGCCGAUACAAGGCACCAAACACUGAUUCUGUACUUUAAGUGGGUAAGCGACCUGAACUUUUUCGACUGAAGGCUACAAAGUCGAGCAGGGAAGUACACCAUGGACCAUAAUGAAGGACACAGUUCCAGGCGACCCACGGUGCCUCCUCUCUCCACCAGAACCCUGCGCCAUCCCUCCUUCGUCCCCGUGUACGUGGCUGCGGCCUUUGCGCACCAUCGCACCGACCGCCGCAACCCAACGCUGCCCGUCAUCACCCCAGCAGAGUUGUUCUACACCGAUCCCACCAUGAGCAGUGGGAGGAGGGUCCCCAUCGUGCACGCUGAGUUGAAGGUUCUCGAUUGCUUCCGGCUCAACACCCCGCCACCAGUCAUGUCCGCCUUCCCAGCGCCGCCGAGCCGCCCCGACCCGUUCAGAUCGGGAUCGCACCCCACCAGGGACCUGGGCAGCCUCUCCCUGAGGGUAAACACCGCGGGGCCCAGGCGGGUCGUCGUCCAGCUUACCCAGGAGGAGGACCAGGCCGUUACUAAUCUCCUGAAACUGCACCACCAAGAACAAGAAGAAGAGCCCCCCCUCCGGAGCGGUGGGGCCCUCACGGGAGCCUUUCGGCCCCUGUGCAGCGGGGUGCCACGUGCGGGAGAGGCUGGCUGGCUGCAGCGCGGGGAGUUUUGGUCGGUUUUGGAGCUGGAGGCAGCGGACACCCUCGUGAGCGGCUUCGGCCCCGGCGCAGAGGGAGCAGAUCUAGAGGCCCAUCCGAACCGGAGGGUCUAG